GCGCACUUUGAUAGUCAUUCUGCUACAGUGUUUCUUAGCGUGCGCUUGCAUUAAUUUACUUUGAAUAGACAAUUUUUGUGUGCAAAAGUAAUAGUUAUUAAUUAAUAAUUAACCAUGGAGAAAAUUGAGAAUGUUAUUGAUUAUUCUUACUUUAUUAAUACCUUUGCUGGAAGAAGAAGACCUGCUUUGACAAGAGAAUUAACUAAACGUCAAUAUAAUGCCCCAAAAGAAUCCAUAUCCUUAGCCGAAGGAAUGCCAAAUGAAGUAACAUUUCCUAUAGCCGCCAUGAAUAUAGUCCUUAAGGAUGGGUCAUCUUUCAACCUUACAGGGUCCUCUCUAAAUGCGGGGCUUCAGUAUAUUCCCAGUCAGGGGUACCCACCUUUAAUUGAGACCCUUAAGGAUUUCACAAGGCAAAUCCACGACCCCCCAAAAUGGUCUGACAGAGAUAUUAUUGUCACCAACGGCUCUCAGGAUGGUAUCAGUAAAUCUUUGGAGAUGAUUGUUGAAGAGGGGGACAGUGUUUUGGUUCAAAAUCCUUUGUAUACUGGAACAGAAAUUAUUCUAAAACCCUUCAAGGUUAAUCUUUUGGGUAUCCCUCAGGACCACCAUGGGAUUAUCCCGGCAAAACUGGUAGAAAUCCUGGAAAACUGCAGGGAAAACUACACCGAAGAAGGUGGAGGGAAAAUGCCAAAAUGUAUGUACAUCAACCCCACAGCUUCAAACCCUACCGGAGUAACAAUGCCCCUUGAACGCCGCAGAGAAAUAUACAGAAUAUGUUGCAAAUACAACAUUUUGAUUCUUGAAGAUGAUGCUUAUUAUUUCUUACAUUUUCUUGAUGAAAAACCCACUUCUUUUUUAAAUCUGGACACGGAAGGAAGGGUUAUGAGAUUCGACUCAUUAUCAAAAGUAUUAAGUUCUGGACUAAGACUUGGCUGGCUCACAGGUCCAAAACAAUUGGUUCAAAAUAUUGAGCUACACGUACAAAGUUCAUAUCUACAUUCUAGUUCACUAUCUCAGGUAUUAGUUGACAACCUAUUAAAACACUGGGGCUUCGACAAGCUUCUUCAGCAAUUUGAUUCAGUACGCAGCUACUACAAAGCACGCCGCGAUCUAACCUUAGCUUCAAUGGAGCGCCAUCUCAAGGGUCUCUGCGACUGGACCGUACCCACUGGAGGAAUGUUCGUUUGGAUAAAAGUGAGGAACGUUUCCGAUGUGUAUGAGAUGUUGAUGACCAGAGGCGCGAAAAAGCUCAUUACUUUCGUGCCCGGACAUGCGUUCAUGGCCGACCCGACCGAGGCGUGCAACUACAUCAGGGCCUCCUUCAGCAAAACCAACCCCAAGAAGAUCGACAAGGCUAUGCAACUGUUGGCAGAGUUAAUCAGGGAGGAACAAGUUUUGUUGCGCAGAAAGUUGGAGAAUUGCACUUAAUUUAAAGUUGUUUAGAAUAGUUUUGUAAAUAUAUAACCUUGAAAAGGUUUUAUUAUGGGUCCAUGCGUUUUUGGCUUGGGCGCUGUAGGGAUUAACUACAGACGGGAGUUGAUGAUUUGAUUUUAUGUUUUUUCUGGAAAAAGCAUUUAAUGUUGUUAACUUGUUAGAGUUUAAGAUUUUCUUAUUUCUUAUUUUUUAUGUGAUUGUUUUAAGUAUUAUAUAAUAAAUAUAUUUAGGAGAUUAAAC